AUGAGUAAAAAAAGCACAAUUACUCUGCUCGAUGGGCAAGAACUGCGGCGUCUGGCAAAGUUGGUUCACUACCAGGAAGUAGAGAACAUUAAAAACCUCCAAUUCAAGUCGGAAGAAGAUCGGUGCAAAUACCUCAAAGAAAGCAAAGCUGGCUACAAAUCCUCAUUGGCGCUUUUGGAUAACGGUGAGAAAAUAAAAAUUGAUUACAAAAAUGAUGAAACUCGAUCUUCCGUUGCUCAUACCAUCUUCUCCGCUAUGGAAAAGACUGUUAACACUUGUCUCCAGUGCUUCCGCAACUACACCAUGCGAAACAGCCUCCUUAAAAAAGUCACCGAAUAUUCCAAAGAUCUCAUCCAUAAACUGCACAACUUGGAUCCACAGGACACUUCAGGUGUUUUAAAACUAUUGGCUGAUGCAAGGGAAUACGAGAAAGCUAUGGUGGAGUAUGCCACCAAGCAGUCAAAUUUUGUUCUUUCCUCUUUCUCCAACUGA